UUAAUUCACUAUUGUAUGUGCAAAUUUCAGGCUUAUGUAACCCAAGAGGAUGUGUUGUUAGGAACUCUCACUGUGAGGGAAACCUUAACUUACUCAGCACAUUUGAGGCUUCCAAUUAAAAUGACCAUAGAAGAAUUCAAUGGCAUUGUGGAGGGAACAAUCAUUGAAAUGGGUCUCCAAGAUUGUGCAGAUAGAUUGAUUGGCAACUGGCACUUAAGAGGCUUAAGUGGUGGUGAGAAGAAAAGAUUAAGUAUUGCACUCGAAAUCCUCACAAGACCUUGUUUAUUGUGUCUUGAUGAACCCACCGGUGGCCUUGAUAGUGCCUCAGCUUUCUUUGUAGUUCAAACUCUUAGAAAUAUUGCUCGUGAUGGACGGACCAUUAUCUCUUCAAUUCAUAAGCCAAGUAGUGAAGUCUUUGCACUCUUUGAUGACCUUUUCUUACUGUCUAGUGGUGAAACUGUUUAUUUUGGAGAAGCAAAUAUGGCAAUCGAGUUCUUUGCUGAGGCAGGUUUUCCAUGUCCAAGCAGAAGGAAUCCUUCUGAUCAUUUCCUACUAUUAUUGUUCAUACACGUGCACAUCAAGAAGCCAAAUAAGACAAAAUGA